AUGGUAACUGUGGCAAAACCUACAACAAUCACUCAGGCUGUAACUCUGGCUGUCAAUCUUACUGAGGAUGCUGUCCGUAUGAAGAAGUUAUCUCUGAAACCUACUGAGAAAACCGAGACGCAUGCUGAGUCGUCUGGUGACAAGAAGUGGAAGCACUCGAAUCUGAGUCAAGCAACACGUAACAACAAGGGUUCCAGCAAUAAGAAACGUGACCCCAAUCCACCCAAGGAAACGAAAGCCCUUGCAGCUAUGAAUGACGCUCCUACCAGAGGAUACCAGGACACUCUGCCCAAAUGCAAUCAGUGCAAGCGUCACCACGAAGGAGUUUGUCGCAUUCCAAAAUGUGAUAAGUGUGGAAAACUGCGUCACCGCAUCGAGAACUGUUGGGGAAAAGGAAAUGGAAAUGGUAAUAGGAACGGGAAUGGAAACCGAAACGGUGCUGGUAAUGGGAAUGGUAAUGGCAACGGUAAUGGUAACCGUAAUGGAACUGGGCAGAACCAAGGAUGCUUUGGAUGUGGUAGCAAAGAGCAUUUCAAGAAGGAUUGCCCAAGGAAAACAACGCUCAAGCUCGAUCAUUUGUGA